AUGGCAAUGCCCUGGAUCUAUGCCGUGCGCUUUGUGCAAAUCCUCUUUGGAUUGAUUGUGGUUGCGUUGACGGCGUAUGUGAUCAGCGUCUGGGGCUACCCCUGGACCAGCUACAAUACCGUCAACUACCUCCUCUUCCUCGGCUGCUGGACCACCUUUGUCGCAACACCGUACCUCCUCGCAGCCCCCAUUUAUGCCCCGCGCCUCGCACACCGCUAUGUCAUCCCCGCAGUCGAGGUGAUUACCAUGAUCUUCUGGUUUGCCGGCUUUAUUGCCCUGGGUGCAGAGUUGCCUGCCCCGAUGUAUUGCCGCUGGAGUGCAUGCCGGGCUUUGCAGGCGGUGACGGUGUUUGGGGCUUUUGAAUGGGUCCUCUUUGUGGUGACCACUUUUUUUGCCAUCAUGGAUCUCAAAGAGCAUCGUCGUAGUGGUGAAAGUGCGCAAAAGACCAAUAAUGCUCAUUUGGGUGUCUAG